AAUUUAAGCAGGGAUAACUCAUUAUGUCUAUAAAAGACGUCUGUCCAUAGAAUCUCUAUCUUGCAUUCAAUGUUUAAUCAGGUAUCCCACUUUUUAAAACUGUGCAACACAGAUGUUGUAUAGGGUCUUCUUCAAUACACACACAUUAUUAAAUCAUGGGACCUGUGUGCAAGCAUGCAACAGAAGAUCUUUACAUCUUCUUCCCGCCUAUGGAAUAUUUUUUUCCUCCUAUGUUUAUACGUACCGUUUAACACAAUCAACUAGCACGUUUUUUAACAAUAGCACUUGUUCAUAAAUGAAAACUCCGGUUACACACUGUAACCAUUCACAAAGGCAGGUGAUAACCUUUCACAUACUGAGUAACACGUGACUGAAAAUCAGGAACUGAGAGAGCGUUUACAGUGUGAUGGUUUUAAUGAGACACUAUAUAAGGAAGCAGGAAACAUGAUCUACACAAGUGCAAAGACCACUAUAGUGGGAAAACAUGCAGCUCUGGUUGUGUUGUGCCCUGUUGGUGUUCGUGGCCGGAGGCUGCUUGGCUCAGAAACCUCGUCCAUGCAGAAGUCCUCCUCUUUAUGAGGGAAGCUUAAGUAUGGUGGGUGAAAAUGGCAAUUCUCAGGUACUUGGGAAGUACUCCUACGACGCUUUAUUACAGCGUAUCCGUGUUGGAAUGUUUGAAAGGGAUGGAAAUUAUACGAGGGUUACGGAUACUCUGCUUCUCUACCGAGAGCAAGUGAUGUACGAGAUCGACUAUGAACACAAGACGUGCCAAAAACAGGAACUGAUGGGCGAGUUUCAGCCGUUGGAGAUCCCACCCAACUUUACCUUUCUUGCUCAGAUGGUGUUAGGUAGUCUCUCUGCACCUGGUGAAGGUGUGCUCGUCAACUCAUGGGCUGGAGAGACAACUAAAAACCAAGGCAUUAAUGUCGUAACUUACACAGAGUUCGGCUGUCUUCCUGUAGCAUUCCUUUUCAAUGCGCCAACAUCUGACUUGGUUGUUUACACCUUCUUUAACAUUAUUCUUGGGAUUAAGGAUCCAUCUGUGUUCAUUCCUCCGCCGUUCUGCGACAACGCUACUCUGGUAGCAGGGAAGGGUGAUUUCUUCAGUGUUUUCUUCUGAGUCAAUACCGGUGCUCUUCAAAUGACCCACAUGUAACAUCCCUCAACACCGAUCCUAAAUAAAGAUUUUGGCAAACAUUUAAAUGUAUGCAAUGUACUCAUCUCAAAAUUUUUUAUUUUUUUUUAUUUGUACAUUUUAAUAAAAAUCAGAUUUUAGUCAGUGUA